AUGUCCCUCCUCCACAACCGUUUCGGGCUCAAGCCCAAUCCAAGCCAGGCUUUCCCAAAGCUCCCCCAGUUCAGCGCGUUUAUGAAGCCAUGUCGCUUUGAAGGCGAGGUGCGCGACCUCGAGGUCGAAGGCACGAUCCCUCCCGAGAUCCAUGGCACGUUCUUCCGCGUCAUGCCUGACCCGGCGUACCCACCGUACGUUGACGAUGACGGGUGGUUCAACGGCGACGGCGCGGUCUCAGCGUUCGAGAUCAAGGACGGCCGUGUGCAGUUCAAGCAGCGCUACGUCCGGACUGAGAAGUUUGUGGCAGAGCGCAAAGCCCACAAGAUGCUCACUGGCAAGUACCGCAACAAGUACACCGACCUCGUCGAGCUCCAAGUGCGCACGACGGCCAACACCAACAUCUUCCCUUACAAGGAUUUCCUAUUGGCGAUCAAGGAGGACGCGCACCCGUACGCGAUGGACGCAAAGACGCUGGAGACGAUUGGGCUGUACGACUUUGAAGGCCAGCUGCCCUCAACGACGUUCACGGCGCAUCCCAAGGUGGAUGCCAAGACUGGCGAGAUGCUGUGCUUUGGCUACGAAGCCAAGGGUGACGGUACCCCGGACGUGUGCUAUUACACCAUCGACUCGGAGGGCAAGUUUACCCAGUCAGUGUGGAUGACUGCACCGGUGGUCGGCCUCAUGCACGACUUUGCGUUCACCGACAACUAUGUCAUCUUCCCCAUCAUCCCCCAGCUGUGCGAUAUCGAACGACUCAAGGAGGGUGGAAGCCACUGGGAGUGGGACGGCAACUGCCCCCUAUACAUUGGUGUGCUGCCUCGCUACGGCGCCAAGGGGACGGACGUCAAGUGGUUCGAGUACAAGACCUCUUUCCCUGGCCACACGGCGAACGCUUACGAGGACGACAGCGGCAACAUCCUGCUGGACAUGCCCCUGUCCAUGUCAAACGUCUUCUUCUGGUGGCCAGACGCGCAAGGUGUCUCGCCCGACCCGCGCACCAUCAAGUCUGACCUCGUGCGGUUCACCAUCAACCCAGCGGCCGAGGACCUGCAGUUGGCCCAGCCCGAAGUUCUGAUUGACCACGACGUCGAGUUUCCCCGUAUCGACGAUCGCUGGGGAGGCAAGAAACACCGUCACUGCUUCUUUGACCACAUGGACCCCUCCCUCGGCACAGACUUUGCCGCCAUCGGUCCAGCCAUGGGCGGCGGGUACCCGCCCUACAACUCGCUCGGCCACCUCGACCUCGAGACCCGCAAGCUGGACGUCUACUUUCCCGGAUCCACACACAUGUGCCAGGAGCCCGUCUUCAUCCCCACCACCGACAAGGAAGGCGAGGGAUACCUGCUUGCUCUUGUCAACAACUACCGUACCAUGAUGAGCGAGCUUCACCUGGUCUCCACCGCCGACUUUUCCAAGCCCGCGGCGGUCAUCAACCUUCCCAUGCGCCUUCGUGCCGGCUUGCACGGCAACUGGGUUGAUGGGCAGGACCUGCAGCUGGAUUUUGACUAG